CAGGUAAGUAUGUACAAAACCUUAUUGUAUACUAACAAUAACAUUUUAAAAAGUUUAUGGAAAAAAAAAGAAGUAAAGAUUAAUGUGUUUGGUCUUUUACAGGUACCAGUUCACACCCACACCUGAAGAAAUUGAAUCGACCAUAGCCAUGAUGGAAAGUGAUUUGAAAAUCGCUGAGAGUUUUGCACCAACUGCAAAAUCAUAUAGUGAGACUAAUGGCAGACCCAAGAUGGACUAUGUUCGCAUGCCACCACCUGUGAUGAACCCUCAGACAGUCAAUAUUUGCAGCAAACUUGGAAUAGAUGACCCGGUAGCAUUAUUACUCGGCACCAAGAAAAAUUCUAUGUCAUCCCCGAGAGUAACUCCUCCUAGAAGUGGCUUAAACAGUUCUGAAUUAAAUAUCACAUUAGAAUCAUCAAAGCUUUCUGUAACCAAUGUGGAUGAGAAUGCCUGUUCCUCGUCGGGGUUUGAGGCUGUCUGAACCUAAGAUGGAGAUGGAUGGUAGUUCACCUCUUCACUUUAGCAUUGAUUCUUCAUCAGCAUCCUCCUUGAGUGAAGGAGAAUUUAGUCCAUCUCAGAGUCCAGGAACAAAACGAACAAAUGAUGAGAGUGAGAAGGAGGUUUCUCAAGCAUCUGUUUCAUCUUCAUCAGCAAGUAGUGAAGGAAAUAAAACAAAAAAAUUUAAGAGACGAAAUGAAGCCAUAUAUUCAUCCACAGAGGAAGACGGUUAAUAUAAAUGGUAGAUUUGUAAAUGUACAAAGUUGAAGAUUAGGUUGUUUGCAAUGAUUGUAUGAGAAAUUAUGACAGGGUGAAUGUUGGAAUAAGUUUGACUUUUCAAAUUUCUAAU